ACUCGGGAAGACUUGCUCAACUUCUCCUUCCCUUGUUAUAGUAUAAAAAAAAAAACUUCUCCUUCCCUUUCUCCCUGCCGAUUAACACGGCCUCGUUUGCGAGAAGCUAUUCUCCGUUGCGUGCGCCUCGAGCAUCUGGUUCGAGAAUCGGCGGCGGUGGGCGGCGGCAUAAACCGAUAAAACCGAGCGCUCCUUUUUUUGGGCGGCGGCGGUGGAGGAUCGCGCUGGGUGUGGGGUGGGGUGGGGGAAUCCAUUUUUAGGGCGGUGCCGGCGCGAUCGGUCCGGGAUCGGGAGCUUUUUGUUGUUGGGAGCGAGAGAGGCCACGAGAGCGGCGACGCCCGGGACCCGACCCGACCCAGCCCAGCCCCGCGUCGAGGAGGGAGAACAAGGGAUAGGAGACGGCGACGGUGGUCGCGAGGAUGGCCGGGAGCAUGCAGGCGGCGGAGGCCGCGGGGCGGCUGAGCGCGCUGCUCUCGCUGCUCGCGCUGCGCCGCCUCCUCGCCGUGCUCCAGCCGCUGGCCCUGCUCCUGCUCCUACCCUUCCGGUGGCGCGCGCGCCCGGGGGCCGCGGCCGCGGACGCCGCGUCCGACGCCGCGCCGUCCGCGUCGGGCGCCACCGGGAAGAAGGGGAAGGCGUCGGCGUCGGUGGUGCUGCGGGUGCCGGCCGGCUCGCCCAUGGUCGCCGCGCGCAGGCAGGCGUCGGCGCGGAGGGAGAUAGCCAUCCGCCGCGCGCGGGAGGGCGGACGGGAGUACGAGCUCAUCUCCACCGCCCGCGGCGAGACGCUCUUCACGCAGUGCUGGUGGCCGUACCCGCCCACCUCCACCAGUAAACCACGGGCGCUAGUUGUUGUCAUGCACGGGCUAAACGAGCACAGUGGGAGAUAUGAUCAUUUAGCGAGGCGCUUGAAUGAGAUCGGCAUCAAGGUGUACGGGAUGGACUGGACUGGCCAUGGUGGAAGUGAUGGUCUUCAUGGAUAUGUGCAGUCUCUUGAUCAUGCUGUCAGUGACUUGAAAAUGUACCUCAAGAAAGUCUCAGCUGAGAACCCUGGGCUUCCAUGCUUCUGCUUUGGCCAUUCAACUGGUGGUGGCAUCAUUUUGAAGGCUGCCCUUGACCCAGAGGUAGAUGCUCUUAUUCACGGUAUUGUCCUGACAUCACCAGCUGUUCGUGUACAGCCUGCCCACCCAAUCGUAAGGGUCAUGGCGCCACUUUUCGCCCUCAUCGCGCCGAGGUACCAGUUCACGGCGUCCCACCGGAACGGCCCGCCGGUGUCGCGCGACCCGGAGGCCCUGCGCGCCAAGUACACGGACCCGCUCGUGUUCACGGGCGCCAUCCGCGUCAGGACGGGCUACGAGAUCCUCCGCCUGACGUCCUUCCUGCAGCAGCACCUGCACCGCAUCACCGUCCCCGCCCUGGUGAUGCACGGCGCCGACGACAUGGUGACCGACCCCGAGGGCUCGCGGGCGCUCUACGAGCUGUCCUCGUCCGCGGACAAGGCCCUCAGGCUCUACGACGGGCUGCUGCACGACCUCCUGAUCGAGCCCGAGAAGGAUGUGGUGAUGGAGGACAUCGUGGCAUGGCUGCGCCCCAGGGUCUGACGUCCUCCGCAGCCGGCAAGCGCUGACCGUAGGACGCAGCUCUGUCGCCAGCCGCGGAGCGCGGAGGACAAGCAGGCGGGCCGCCGCCUCGCCUCCGGACGGUGAUGACGCGGUGCGAUCAGCGGCUGCGGAGCAGCAGGGAGAGCAGGAGAUGUCUUUCGCCCCCUGGCGCGGUGACGGUGCGAGAGCAGGACAGGAGUACCCGAACCCGAGUACCUACGGUGAUGGCGCUUUACUGACGCCUCGCGGUGUGCUGUAUCCCGAGAUUUUUGGUCAGGGAUACGUAUGGAUUUGUAAAAUUGUUGUUCGUUUCGCCCUGUGUGGCCACACGAGUGGUGUCCGAUACUAUAUAAUUUAGACGCCCAUUCCCCUCGGGGUGAUGCAUUUAAUUGCAAUUCCAAAUCAGAGUUGUAACA